AUGACUUGUCCUUUGCGCUCUGUUAAUGCAAUUUUUGAAUCCUCUCAGGGCGGAGAAGCAAUAGAAGUCAUAUUAAUCCCGUUGAUGUCCAGCUCAGAGGAGAAUACCAUUCACCUGAGCAAUGAAGUCUUCAGACAUAUGAAGCGACUAAGAAUAUUUGUAUCAUCAUCUCACAAGAACGUCAUGUAUUUUUGCUCUCAUGACCCCAUUAAGUUUCUUCCUAACAGCUUAUGCUGGAUUAAUUGGUCAUAUUAUCCUUCACCAUCAUUGCCAGAAAAUUUUGAACCACCAAAGCUGGUGGGGCUUAUUAUGCAUUGCAGUUACGUGGUUAACCUCUGGAAGGGGUCAAAGCAUUUAAACAGGUUGAGUAUUCUUGAUUUGAGUGAUUCUCGAAAAUUAAUCCAAAUUUCAGACCUUUCCGGGUCUCCAAAUUUGGAGAGGCUAAUCCUAUGUCACUGUGUUCGGCUGGUAGAGGUCCACCCAUCUGUUGGAGCCCUCAAAAAGCUUACUAUUUUAGAUGUGGAAGGUUGUGAAAAACUUGAAAGGCUUCCCUCUAAGUUUCAAUCCGGGUCUCUUGAAGUUCUAAAUUUUUCUGGUUGUCGGAGUUUGAGAAAAGUUCCAGACAUUCAGCAAAAUGUGAAUCGUUUAACAGAAUUCAAGAAGCCAAACUUUGGGGUACUUGAAUUAACAUCAUCAUUCCUGAGCUAUCUAGAUUUGAGUGGCUGCAGUAACAUUGAAACGCUCCCUAGCAGCAUGUGCAGGUUGAAAAAUUUGAAGUAUCUUUACCUCAAUCGCUGUACCAAACUAAAGAACUUGCCAGAAGAUAUUUGUGAACUAGUGAACUUGGAGGGGCUUGAUGCGAGUGAAACAUCAGUUUGGUGCACCCCAAAUUCCAUCACAUGCUUGAGGAAACUGAAGUACCUAUCUUUUCGGAAAGUACCCAAGGCUUUUCAUUUGAGCGAUUUAUGCAGUUGGGGAUGUUUUGCCCAACUUGAUUUGAAGUUUCAGCUGCCCAGCACUUUAUCAGUCUUUUGCACACUUAUAAGACUGGAUCUCAGUGCUUGCAAUUUGUUUGAUGGCAGUAUUCCUGAGGAUCUUGGAUGCUUGGCCUCACUACUAGAGUUAAACCUGAGCAGAAAUAACUUCACCUUUUUACCUAAAAGCAUUGUGCUACUUAACCGCCUUCGACACCUUGACAUAACCUAUUGUGAAAAGCUAACAGAGCUGCCAGAGCUUCCUCCACGUAUAAUGAAACUGUUUCUAGACGAUCGCUUUGCUUUGGAAAGCAUUCCAACACUACCAACCAUGUACAAAGAGUUGUACUUGGUCUCAUUCGCUAAUCAGAAGUUGCAAGAGAUGUGGUGUGCUUCACGCAGGGAAAGUUCUGGUGCAAAGAUGAGAAACUGUAUAAGGAAGAACAUGACGGAUAUGCUAGAACAGAUUCUCCUUCCAUUUUUGUCAAUAGUGCAGCUUAAGUUGGUUUUUGACGACCAGCGCAGAGGGGGGAGAUUUGGUAUUGUCUUCCCUAGAAGUGAUCCAAGUGCUAAGGUUCCUAGGUGGUUCAAGUAUCGUAAGACAUGUUCAACGAGGAUUUCCUUCAACCUGAAGAGACACUGGUAUAAUAAUAAGUUUAUGGGAUUUGCUAUCUAUUGUCAGCUUCCUUUCUUAAAUGACGAAUCACCGAAAAACCGUAAUAGGCAGUUUGCAUUCAGUUUGCUAUGGGGUGCAACAAUCACUACAAAAUUGGUGCCAGGACGUACUGCUAUGGAUCAACAAACUCCUGCAAAAAUAGUUCAUUUGCAAGUGUCAAAUGUAGUAGCAUAUGGCAGUCAUGACUGCUUUAUUUUCUUACAAUUGGACCUAAGAAAGUUACAUUUUAAUGGUAAAGGUAAGGGCACAAUGUUGAUAGAUAAUCCAAAUGACUAUUGUAGAUUUGAGGCAUCUCUAGAUUGUCGUAUGUCAUCAAAUUGGGGAGUUCGUCUGGUAUAUGCUGAUGAUAUUGAGGUGAUGAGGUUGGAAUGGGCUUGGCAGUCUAACAGAUUUGAGCUUGAGCAUUUGCAUGAAGAGGAUCUCGAGUUGUGUACUGGGAGGUUGAAAGAAUUGUCAGUCCCAGGGGAAAUAAGAUAUUUUUAUGCAACACUUAUUUUCUAUGAAUUGCCAGUUCUAUCGACUUGCCCGAGAUGCUUAUCCUUUGCUGAAGACUUGACCCACGUAUUCUUGAACUGUAAAUACUCUCAGCUAGUCUGGGAAGGAUCAAGAUUGGGCCUAAACUUUAAAGUUGGGACCCCAGUUGAAUUUCAAGAGUGGUUACUUAAGUGGACUUUGUCAGCUCCUGAAAAUGAAGAUUUCAGUUUUUCGUUAGCUGUCCUAUGGGCGAUCUGGAAGCACAGAAACAAGUUAGUGCAUGAAAGAGCUGUUUUUGUUCCCUCAGAAGUCAUUUCCACUGCCAUUAAAGAGCACUCAAGGUUUCCGUAUUCUGUUGGCAUAGCAAUAAGAGAGCUCUAUGAGGUGCAUAGAGGAACAAUUGUCGAUGUCAAUGCUUUCAACGUUGAUUCUGAUGUACAGCUGGACGACAACGUACUAGUAAUGGAGGUUAAGGGAGCUUGGAAAGAGGGACAAGAAUGGGCUGGAAUGGCAUGGGUAGCUUAUCGGUGGAACUCUGGGGUUAAAGUGGCUGAGGCUAGAAGAUCGUUGAAGGUCAGGAGCAAACUACAUGCAGAAGUACAUGCCUUUGAGCAUGCAGUGAAAUGGUCCCUCGUCAUAGAUUCUCCAAUCGUAAUUUUUUCUGAUAACCAGAUCUUGAUUAAGGAACUCCAUAAUUCAGAUUGCUGUUCAGAUCAAGACAUUGUCUGUAUGUUGCAUGAAUGUCUGGAAUUCAUGGAAGCAAAUGAAAUAUCCUGGAAAGUUGUCAAAGUUGCAAGUUAUGCAGUAUCAGCUGCAAAGAGAGCAGCAAAAAUGGCCAUGAAGACUCACAUGGAUGUAUUGAUCUGGGAUCCUAUUGACAUUUAAACGGGGAAAGUGCACAAAUAACCAUUCUCAUGGAUGCUGUUUAGAGAUUAGCCAGUACUUAUUUUGUCCUGAAAUUCUAAACUAAAAAUCUUAACUUCAGGACAACUCAGGACAUUUUUUGUCCCGAAAAUUUGAACUGAAAAACUGAAAUUCAGGAUGCAAUGACUAACUCUUAAAUAGCAACCCUUUAGAGUAGCUACCUGGUGUCAUUUCUACUAUUUAAACUUAGGUGAGAGUUCCAAGAGGCAAGUCGGAAGGUAAGUCGAACAGCUUAUAGGCCAUGUCGUGCUUCUUCUUCUUUUUUCUUUUUAAAAUUAUUUUUGGAUGGCUAUUUGUAACGGUUAUAUUGAACAAGGAAGCCAAUUUUAUCUGAGUUGCAUGAGAAUAUUUUUAGUA